CUGGGCCGGAAGGACCCCAGCGCCGCCGCCAUUUUGGAACUUUCCCUGAGACUCGGUUCCGCUCCUGGGAGUUCUGUCAGCUGCUGCUGAGCCACGGUGUCGCCGGGCAGGAUGAGUGUGAUAGAUCAUGUGCGGGACAUGGCGGCCGCGGGGCUGCACUCCAACGUGCGGCUCCUCAGCAGCUUGCUGCUGACCAUGAGUAAUAACAACCCUGAGCUGUUUUCCCCGUCUCAGAAGUACCAGCUUUUGGUGUAUCAUGCAGACUCUCUCUUUCACGAUAAGGAAUACCGCAACGCUGUGAGUAAGUAUACCAUGGCUUUACAGCAGAAGAAAGCCUUAAGUAAAACUUCAAAGGUGCGACCUUCAACUGGAAAUUCUGCAUCUACUCCACAGAGCCAGUGUCUUCCAUCUGAAAUUGAAGUGAAAUAUAAAAUGGCCGAGUGUUAUACAAUGCUGAAACUAGACAAAGAUGCCAUUGCUAUACUUGACGGGAUCCCUUCAAGACAAAGAACUCCCAAAAUAAACAUGAUGCUGGCAAACCUGUACAAGAAGGCUGGUCAGGAGCGCCCAUCAGUAACCAGCUAUAAGGAGGUCCUGCGGCAGUGCCCUUUGGCCCUUGACGCCAUUCUAGGUCUGUUAUCCCUGUCUGUGAAAGGCGCAGAGGUGGCAUCAAUGACGAUGAAUGUGAUCCAGACUGUGCCCAACCUGGACUGGCUGUCUGUGUGGAUUAAAGCGUAUGCUUUUGUGCACACUGGUGACAACUCGAGAGCAAUCAACACCAUCUGUUCACUAGAAAAAAAAUCCUUACUGCGAGACAAUGUGGACCUGCUGGGGAGCCUGGCAGACCUGUAUUUCAGAGCAGGAGACAACAAGAACUCGGUCCUUAAGUUUGAGCAGGCACAGAUGUUGGAUCCUUACCUGAUAAAAGGGAUGGAUGUUUAUGGCUACCUCCUGGCACGAGAAGGCCGGCUGGAGGAUGUGGAGAACCUUGGCUGCCGCCUUUUCAACAUUUCUGAUCAGCAUGCCGAGCCCUGGGUGGUCUCUGGAUGCCACAGCUUCUACAGCAAACGCUACUCUCGGGCCCUGUACUUAGGUGCCAAGGCCAUUCAGCUGAACAGCAACAGUGUCCAAGCUUUAUUACUCAAAGGGGCAGCACUGAGAAACAUGGGGAGAGUCCAGGAAGCGAUAAUACAUUUUCGGGAGGCCAUAAGGCUUGCUCCUUGUCGCUUGGACUGUUACGAAGGUCUCAUAGAAUGUUACUUAGCUUCUAACAGCAUUCGAGAGGCAAUGGUGAUGGCCAACAAUGUUUACAAAACUCUGGGUGCAAACGCUCAGACACUUACCCUGUUAGCCACCGUGUGUCUGGAAGAUCCCGUAACACAGGAGAAAGCCAAAGCUUUGUUAGAUAAAGCCCUAGCGCAGAGGCCGGACUACGUCAAGGCCGUGGUGAAGAAAGCAGAGCUGCUCAGCAGGGAACAGAAAUAUGAAGAUGGAAUUGCUCUGCUGAGAAAUGCACUGGCCAACCAGAGCGACUGUGUCUUGCAUCGGAUCCUGGGGGACUUCCUAGUAGCUGUGAACGAGUACCAGGAAGCAAUGGACCAGUACAGUAUAGCAUUGAGUUUGGACCCUAAUGACCAGAAGUCUCUAGAGGGGAUGCAGAAGAUGGAGAAGGAGGAGAGUCCCACGGAUGCCACGCAGGAGGAAGAUGUGGACGACAUGGAAGGGAGUGGGGAAGAAGGGGACCUGGAGGGCAGCGACAGUGAGGCGGCCCAGUGGGCUGACCAGGAGCAGUGGUUCGGCAUGCAGUGAAGGCACAGUGGUAGCCCCUGGUGUUCCUAGAGUGACAGAUGCUGUGGAAGUGUGCUCACAGCGGGGCUCCCUGCCCCUUUCCUCGAGCUGCAGUGGGGACUGAUGUCUACCCGGCUGCUUUGCUGACGACUGAGGGAGUUCCAAGCUGCAUACUCACCAUUCUGAAUGGUUCUGGUAUACCCAGCGGAAGACGCUGUUUUCUCUUUAUGAACGGGUAUACAGGACUGAGCCAUCCUCUUAAGGGCACAUGCACCUGGGUGGCCCUGUCAGAGGUAUCUGGUUCCUGGGAGUCAUAGUCCUGGUACACCACACUCCCCUAGAGUAAUGGUGUCUGGAUGCGGUUACUGGGCUUCCUGGCUGCAGGGCAGCACUUGGCCUCGUGGGCCGACCUGAGAAGCAGAUGAUGGGAACAUGGCCACACACAGGACAGGUUCAACUAAUAAAACUGUUCAGUGUGGUGUCUCAUGUCACAGUGGACACCCUUUGAGACUCCUUUUUCCUCCUUGUCAGAGGCAGCCAUGUAGGCCUAGACAGUUUGAUAUAAAUAUACUCUUUUCUCCCAUGUGCUGGGAGGCAGAGCCCUGAGCAUGUCGCAUGGAACCAGCCUGGCUCUUCACUGAGUCCCUGAGGGCAGGGUCUGCUUCAGCAUCUGCUUGGAGUAUCCCUCAGCUAAUGAGAACUGGUUAACUCGCCCUCCAUCCUGAGUUCUGCAAGUGUGAUGCCUUUCAAGACGCAGAUGAUGGUGCUGGACGUGUGGGAGAUUCGUUGUAAACAACCAGUAGUCCGUGUCAGAGCACUGUCAGUGCAGAGAAAAGUGGGCCAGGGUGUUGUGGUGGAGAUGCAUUCUGGAAGCCUGCACUUGGGAGGCAGAGGCAUGACAGUUCAGAUGUGCUGGGCUACAUAGCAAGAUUUGUCUUGAGAUACAUGAUAAAUUAAAUGGACCAAGUUUCAUGAAAGGG